GAUACUGUGGGAAAUCAGUCUUUAAAAGAAUGCAACCUAUGAUUGAUCUAAUUCGCAAAUGAGAUAACUAAUUUAGUAAUUUAUGUAUGUUUUUUAUUCUGUUUUUUUCUCCACUUCUAAGGGAUCAUUUCCAAAUACUGGGGCUAGAAUAAUGUUGUUUACUGGAGGGCCACCAACUCAAGGGCCAGGCAUGGUGGUAGGAGAUGAGCUGAAAACUCCGAUUCGUUCGUGGCAUGAUAUAGAGAAAGACAAUGCACGAUUCAUGAAGAAAGCCAUGAAACAUUAUGAGGGAUUGUCUAAUCGUGCUGCUGCUAAUGGGCAUUGCAUUGAUAUUUAUGCAUGUGCUCUUGAUCAGACUGGUCUUCUGGAGAUAAAGUGUUGUACAAAUAUAACUGGGGGUUAUAUGGUGAUGGGAGAUUCUUUUAAUACUUCUCUCUUCAAGCAAACUUUCCAGAGAUUGUUUAGCAAAAAUCUUAGUGGAGAAUUCCGAAUGGCUUUUGGAGCAACUCUAGAAGUGAAAACUUGUAGAGAACUGAAGAUAGCUGGAGCUAUUGGACCAUGUGUAUCCUUAAAUGCCAAAGGGCCAAGUGUUUCUGAAAAUGAGCUUGGAAUAGGUGGCACAUACCAAUGGAAAAUUUGUGGACUUGACCCCACCAUGACUCUUGCCAUUUAUUUUGAAGUAGUAAAUCAGCACAGCACUCCAAUACCUCAGGGUGGAAGAGGAGCUAUCCAGUUUGUUACGCAUUAUCAGCAUUCCAGUACACAGAGGCGCAUUCGUGUGACUACUGUUGCUAGAAAUUGGGCAGAUGCACAGAGUCAGUUGCAGCAUAUUGAAGCUGCAUUUGACCAAGAAGCAGCUGCUGUCCUGAUGGCUCGAUUGGGUGUCUACAGAGCUGAAUCAGAGGAAGGGCCUGAUGUGUUGCGAUGGCUGGAUAGGCAACUAAUUAGACUUUGUCAGAAGUUUGGACAAUAUAGCAAAGAUGAUCCAAAUUCAUUUAGGCUGUCUGAUUCAUUCUCCUUGUACCCCCAGUUCAUGUUCCAUUUGCGACGAUCUCCAUUCCUUCAAGUAUUCAAUAACAGUCCAGAUGAAUCUUCCUAUUACCGUCAUCACUUUGCCAGGCAGGAUUUGACCCAGUCUCUUAUUAUGAUUCAGCCUAUACUUUAUUCUUAUUCAUUCUAUGGACCACCUGAGCCUGUACUAUUGGAUAGCAGCAGCAUUCUUGCUGAUAGGAUUCUGCUGAUGGAUACUUUUUUCCAGAUUGUUAUCUAUCUUGGUGAGACUAUUGCCCAGUGGCGUAAGGCUGGUUAUCAAGAUAUUCCAGAAUAUGAAAACUUCAAGCAUUUACUGCAGGCUCCACUGGAUGAUGCUGAAGAAAUUUUACAAACAAGGUUCCCAAUGCCACGCUAUGUUAACACAGAACAUGGAAGCAGCCAGGCACGGUUUCUCCUAUCUAAAGUGAAUCCUUCUCAGACGCAUAAUAAUCUGUACACAUGGGGACAAGAAUCUGGCGCUCCAAUACUAACAGAUGAUGUUAGUCUACAAGUAUUCAUGGAUCAUCUAAAAAAGCUGGCUGUAUCAAGCGCAUCUUAAUUUUUAUACUAAAGUCUCAAAAAUCAAUAAUCCUGUUGAAUCAUGCUGCUGAUAGAUUACAGUCUACCAAGAAACUAAUAACAUUCCUUUCCUUUUUUUAAAUCAAAGUUUUAAUUAACCCAUAUAAAAAGAGGAAAUUUACAUUUUAGAUUUAACUUAUUGAUAUACUUUUCUUUAUUCUACAAAUUUUUCAUUUUUAUGUUCUUUUACCAAGAUUAAAAUCUACAUUUAUACUGUC